AAGCUGAAACAUGAGUAAAGAAUAAUGUAAAUUACGAACAUAGCUCCAGAAUCGAAUAGCUGACUAGCAAGAAAAACUGACUUCAAAAGUGUAGAUAAUUUUGCAUAAAUAAAGAACGAUACCUGAGAAUAUAUAUAUAUCUUCCUUUUUAUCCUCAAUUUACGUCGGGCUCAAUGGACUGAUGCCCUGUGUACUAAUCGGAUCGCCUUGAUGAAGAAUACGCAAAUAUGUACUGUCUGACUGAAUAGUGCUACCCAUCAGUUCUGCUGACAUGCCCAGUGGUCGAACAUUAGAACGCAAUGGAAAGAUUGGGGAUCAUAGAAGACAUUCAAAUGCAUCAUAUACUAGGUCUGAUGGCUCUGGGAGUGACAUAGAAGGAGGAAAUAUGGAGAACACUGCAGACACAGUCUCACGUAACAAGCAUUCAAAACAUUACAGCAAAGCAAAAGCUUCAGUGAAGAAGAGUCAUAAAAGACGACGUUCUCGUGAAAAAUCAGUGUCUGUUGACAAUACUAUUUUGUCUGUGGCAUCGUCUGUGGUAAAACCAUUAGUGGAAUAUUCAGAUGUAUCAUCAGAAGCUCUAUCUGGACCAGAAGCCGGUGAAAUUCAAAGUGACGAUAGUGCUCGUGUCAGUUUAAGUGAAGGUGAAGUAAGUCCUCCCACUGGAAAGUCCUCCCACCGCCGCAAGCACAGCAGGAGGGGAAGUAAAGAUGAUGCUUCGAAAUCUUAUAAGCACCACUCGGAGCACAAAAUCACACAGUCACAUGCAUCUCCCUCGAGACGGAGCCCCAGUAGAAAAGCUUCAACACCCCAUUCACCUUCACCCCAGACACUUAAGAGUGUUAAAAGAAGGGACCACCAGCGUUCUCUUUCACCAUUGGCAAUGAAAGAAUUGCGGCAUUGUAAACGUCAAGAACAAUCCCCUGUAUUAGAUAAACGUGUAGAUGGUGUUAGAGACAUUUCCCCCUCAUCAGCGUUAGAAGUGUAUAGAAAGAUAAAAGAUGAAAUGCGCAGCUCAAGUGGUAGGCAUCGAUCUCCUAGUUCUACAAGAAAAAAAGAAAAGAGGCACAAACGUGAUAAAGUUGAUAAACGAAGAGGAAGCCGAAAAUCGAGCAGGAGUCCAGCAUCAAGCACUGGAAGGAAGAAAAAGAAGAAACGAUACAGAAAAUCUAGCCCUGAGGUGUUCCAUCGUGAAAGGGUCCUUUCACACUCACCUACAAGAAGGGAAGGAAGCUUUGGCUCUCCUGAUGAAGAUCUAAUACAGCGAAGGCAACCAUCUUGGACACGACUGCCUCCAAAUGAAAUGGAAGGAGCUAUAUCACCUCCAAGGAAAGCAAAGAACACAGUGUGUUCACCUGAAUCUCCUCCUUUUAUUAGAAGUCCUACCAGUCCGCGGAAUAAGGAAUGCAGUGACAUGGAUAUCGAUCCAUCAGAUUCUGAACGUAGCCCAUCCCGGCGGUCUGUAACGCCAUCACAUACGACACCAAGGGCAAUGAGACGAGCUCGGACUCCUAUCUCAUCCCCACAUACACCUCCCUUGCCACCAAAAGCAUAUGAGAAAUUAGCAUCUUCAAGGUUAGCAGAUAGUGAUAAUACAAGUUGUAGGCAGUCCCCCAGCAUAACUGAUAGACGGUUGAACACUCAUUCAAGAUGCACUUUAUCUCCAACGGAACGCUCACAUACAAGAUCGAAGCCAGUUAUGAUUGAUGACGAUGAUAGACGUGAACAUUGGCCUUCCCACUCCCAUGCCAGUUCACCGAGAACUAUGGGUCAUUCCCGUACUCCAAGUCAUCAUCCUAGUCGUAGAAGUGUUAGUCCAUCAUACCACAAGAGAAGAAAAUCUUCACAAAGGGAGAGAGAGAAAACCAGAUCUCAUCGGCGAGAGAAGGAUCGGGAUCGUAGUUCCCACAAGACGAGGAGUCGAAGGUCUAGAAGCAGAUCACCAAUAGCAAGGGUACGUUGGACGCCGUCACGGUCACGCAGCCGCAGUAUGCACCGACGACGGCGUCCUUCGAGGUCUCGAUCACGUACUCCACCUCGUUUGCGCCGUUGGAGUCGUUCACCAAGCUACCACACACGUAAUGUGCGUGGCUCUAAGAGACCGCGCUCACGCUCGCCGAGGCCUAUGACGCCGCCACGAAAAUCGUACAAGACCAGGAGUCCAAUGACGAAAAGCCCUAGGACUCCGAGAAGUCCUAUUUCUUCAUCUGGUGCAAGUGUGAAGGACCUGCGUGAUGCAAAAAUGAGUGAAACUAGCCUUUUUGCAGAACUUGUGAAAGACAAAAACACUCGUGAGUUAGCUAUGAAGAGACUUGCACAGUUAAAGGAAAAGACUGCUAAUAGGGACAGUGAAGUUGAAGAGAUAAUCAUCUUGGACAAAGAUGAAUCAAGCACUGAUACUGUAGAAAUAACAAAAUCUGUUUCCUCACAGAGCAACCAGACUGCACAGACUGCUCCAGUCACUCAAACUUCACAAACUUCUCAAGCGCAACAGAUGACACCGUCAACUCUCUCAGUUGUGACAUCACAAGUGUCUUUGCCACCACUGCCACAGCAGCAACAGCAGGUUCCUCAUCAAACACAAAUUCCUCCACAAGUCCAGAUUACUCAGCUGCCACUACCAGUGCACACUCAGCUGCCAAAUGUUCCUUAUGUCCCUGCAGCAUCACAGUUAGAUGUUAAUACUAUUCCUGUACCUUCAAAUGAUGCAGUAAAAAUAUCCCAGUUUCCACAGACUGACCCCAUUCGUAACACCCCUACUGGUACACAGCAAUCUGGAAAUGCUAAUGUUGGUCAAGCAUUGCAGGAUGCUGGCACAGGACUUGGUGGUAGUUUGGCAGUACUCCCUGCACAGAAAACUUCUGAUGCCAAUGUGCAGUCAGAGCAGCAGGCAGUGUGUCCUCCUUCAGAUACUGUAUCUCUUAAUGUGGCACCUUCUGGUUAUUUACCUCUCCACGGGCAGGAGCUUGCUGUUGUGACAGCUUCACCAAGAAACUCGACUGUGUUGCAGAUUCCUACUCCUGCUGCCACUGCUCCUCCUUCAGUAAGUCAUGCCACAAGUCAGCUGCCACAGGAUCCUACCCAAGUUAUUAAGGACCAGAAAGUGUUGAAGUUAGUGAAUGAGGUACCAUUAGUGCAGACAAAGCCUGUCUCAUCUGACGUCAGUAGCUCGGCCAGCGGAGCAGGGCAAGUAAGCAAACCUGUUAUGGCAGAUGUUGGUCAGACUCAACAAGCAAAACAUAAGGAUCUCACAAAACUUCCAAUGCCACCUGGUAUUAACCAAAGUGACUUUGAGAGUAUUGAUUCACCUCCAAGUAGAUCACCUACUCCAGAGCCAGUGAAACAGAAGGCACUUGGAAUAAAGGAUUUGCCAAUGCCACCAGUCGUUAUGGACUCUGAAGACCUUAGCCCAGAGGAAGAUGCACCAGCAACACCUCCACCACCAGUGAUGGUAGAAAAGGUGAAGCCAAGCAAAACAUUGCCGCGGCCCAAGCUGAAGCGUCCCAAAAUUUUGCACCGCCGCCGAGUGAAGACUGCCAACACGACCAUGUCAGCAACUGGUGGCAAAGAUUGGGGUGAAAGAUGUGUUGACGUAUUUGAAGUAAUGGCACAGAUUGGUGAAGGGACAUAUGGCCAGGUGUACAAGGCAAGAGACAGGAGGUCAGGUGACUUAGUUGCAUUAAAGAAAGUGCGGCUUGAGAACGAGAAAGAAGGUUUUCCUAUCACAGCUGUCAGAGAAAUUAAAAUUUUACGUCAGCUCAAUCAUAAGAACAUAGUUAAUCUCAGAGAGAUUGUUACUGACAAACAAGAUGCCCUGGAUUUCAGGAAGGAUAAGGGAUCAUUCUACCUCGUUUUUGAGUAUAUGGACCACGAUUUAAUGGGUCUUCUGGAGUCUGGCAUGGUUGACUUUAAUGAAGCCCAUAAUGCUUCCAUAAUGAAGCAACUACUCGAUGGUCUGAAUUACUGUCACAAGAAGAAUUUUCUACACAGAGAUAUAAAGUGUAGCAACAUUCUUAUGAAUAACAGGGGUGAAGUGAAGUUAGCAGACUUUGGUUUGGCAAGAUUGUAUAAUGCUGAUGAUCGGAAAAGGCCCUACACAAAUAAAGUUAUUACACUGUGGUACAGACCGCCAGAGUUACUUCUGGGUGAAGAGCGAUAUGGACCUGCAAUUGAUGUGUGGAGCUGUGGCUGUAUUCUUGGUGAACUCUUUGCAAAGAAACCGAUGUUUCAGGGGAAUGUGGAGCUAAUGCAGCUGGACAUUAUCUCUAGACUUUGUGGUACACCAACACCAGCUGUGUGGCCCUCUGUAAUAAAAUUACCAUUGUGGCAUACACUGAAGCCAAAAAAACCACACAUGCGGCGUUUGCGUGAAGAGUAUGAAAUGUUUAUGCCCGCAUCGGCCCUUGAUCUGCUAGAUAAGAUGCUUAGACUUGACCCUGAGAAGAGAAUCACAGCUGAAGAGGCUCUCAAAUCAACAUGGCUGAAGAAUGUGUGCCCUGAAAAAAUGCCUGUGCCUGAACUACCUACGUGGCAAGAUUGCCAUGAAUUGUGGAGCAAAAAGCGAAGACGACAGCUGCGUGAACAGCAAGAAUCUCUUCAGAAUUUGCCUCCUGGUAAACCUUCUACCUUGAAAGAAAAGACUUCGAGUAAUAAAUCUUUUGAGGAGAGCUUUGAAAUGGGAGGAUCUGCCAACUGUACCCCUUCGAAGCAGGCAAUGUCUGACAGUUCUUCAAAGGCGUUGAAGAAAGAAGCUGCCGUCUUUUCAUCACGUGGUGUAGAAGAUGCUUACAACCAGGCAGUGUUUUCUACAGCAAUGGCAAUGUCUGCUGCAGGGAAUACAUCUCCAUAUCUGCAGAAUGUCUCAGGGCCUAAUAGUCCCUUAGUUGGACGACCUAUACCUCGUCUUGGUGGUGGAAUUGGAGAAUCUUCAUUAACACCACCUCCAAAUUCAAAUAUGGCAGCACUUGGGUGUAUGUCAUCUAAUCACUCAGAAGGUUCUCAUACUCCUCAGGCAAUUGAUGACCACCCCAGUAUGGAAACAAUGUCCCUUCAAAAACAGCUGUCAGUGCUGUCACAUGCAUUGGUUAAUAAACUGCCAGUACAUGUUGGACAGCUGUUGUCUCUCCAUGCAGAGAAAGAGUCUGAUCCACAGUCACAACAGCUGAUCCAGAAACUUCACAUGGAGCUGAGGGGAGCUGUUGGUGGUAAAUACAAUAGUCAAGCGUUCCAGAUCAGUUCUAUGAGGCUGGAUCCAAAACAGCUAAUAUUUAAUCCACCAGGUGGAAACUUGUGGUCAGUGGGUGGAAAGGCAGACGGCAGUUUCGAUGCACAUGCUGUUUAUGCUGGUGAUAACGCUGUUAGUAGUGGCAGUCGAAAUUGGGGUGGUGUGACACCCCUUGCUACUGAAGGUGUCCGCACUGCAUUAGCAACUUUGUUUAGUCGUCAUGGGUUGUCAGGUGCUGCUGGAAUACUCAUGAAAUCUAUGGCCAAGGACUCAGGUACAGUACCCCCUCAGUCUCGAACAUUUCAUCCAGGUUUUAGUGAGUCAGAACAGGGUCAUCCCAUCGCUACAACGUACAGUGCAGAUAUAAGUGGUGAUACAGGUAACCUUCAUACAGACAGUUUGCGAAAUGUGGGUUCAAAUGUUCCUGGGAGAGGUAGAAGUCGUGGCGGUAGGGGUAUGUAUCGUGGUGGGCCCAGAGGGUCAGUAAUUCGUAGCCCUCAAGACUCCCACACUCCUGUAUUUACAACGCCGCCGCCACCUUUACACAGGCCUCCUCUGCCCUGGGGUACAGGUCGAGGAGCACCUUUCCCUUGGAGAGGACCGCAUCCAGGAAGAUAGUAUCGGAGAAAUUCCCGAGUGGUUCUUGGGGUAAAAGCUCGGACAUAUCAGGUUUUCUGUACUUGAAAUGUGUGGAAUUCACUGACAUAGAAGAUAUUACAUAGCUAUUUUUAUCAGAUGGUGAUGCUAAUGCUCAUUUUUCAUUAAUUCCUUGGUGCUAUCAGUAUUUUAUGUGGAGUCUCUGACUUCCCUUUUGUAUUGCAGGAAUGUGUGGUAUGUAGCACAUUGUCUGGUUAAGAUUUGCCAUAAUUCAGUUUCAUUAAUAUUAUUCUUACCCAUCACAGAAACGUAGAAUGGUAAUCAUACCCUGGAAACAAAGGCUGUGUUUGUUAGUGUACUAGUACAAAUAUGAUUUGUAGUUUUCAUCAGAUGUGUAAUGUCUCAUCUUCCAGUCACCAUUCACAACACUGAAGGUGUGGCUUCAUAGAAUACAUUGGAAAGCUUAUUAAAACCCAGAACUUACAUUGUGAUAAACAGUGUCACAUCAUUGAAAUGUAUAUUUUGUGAUUAUUGUUCAAAUAUAGUGAAUUGAUUCGUAGAGCAGUUGGCAUUGCUAAUAUUUUUGUUCCAUUUUGAUCAUCACUUGUGUCGCCGUGCCUUACUUUUUCUUUAUGAUUUUAAAUCAUGAAAGUGACAUGUUAUCACACUUGCCCUUCAGUUGCUCGAAGGCUAGCAUUACUCCUGAAUAUGAUAAGUGUACUUAGUUUCUGCUAUAUAACAUGCAUCUUUAUUUAUGGCCGAUGUUUGAUCUUUUAUUAUAAUUUCUUGUUUACAUUGAAUUGUCUCAGCUUUUCUUGGGUACAGGAAGUAGCAGUGAGUACUUCUUCCUCUGUCAUAUUUUUUAGUAGUCUGUUCAAAAAAACAGAGGGAGAGCUAUGCUGCAAUACACUUUCUAUGUUAGCUGGAAAGUUCAUGUUUGUUUUAUUGUUAUUUUCAUAAUGGUAAUGGAGUUUGUGCUAAGCAUUCUCUGUAGCGAACUGAAUGUUUUAUAUGGUUGUGGCCACAUACAAUAGUCCAGUCCCUGCCUUUGGUGGUCUACAAAUGACGAUUGAUGUAGUUGAGGUUCAUGAUACUGAAUCAUGUAAGUUAAAAAUAUUGCUCUUUCAGAUCUGUCAAACAGUCUUUGGAUACAUAUUGUUUGGCAACAAGAGCAUUAUUCUUAUUUGUCUACCAAAGAUGAACUGUUGUGUUGAUUCACUAUAUAGUGUGUAUACAAGUUGCUGAUGUGUAAAUAUAUUGUCAGGUGAUUAUACAUCUGAUAUUUGUCAGCAGAUUGUGGACUUAAUCUGGUACCAACAGAUUUGUACAGUGUACACAUUAAGAAAGUUGUUUAAUAUUAUAUGUUAUAUGUUUCUCUUCCUUUUAUACCUUUUUUAAUGAUAUGCUUAAUUUUUUAAGCAAAUCAUAGAUGUAAAGUGUAUAUAUCAUAUUGAAUGUGACAGUAAGUCAUAAAUGCAUUCCAGUUAAAAUUUUGAGAAAUGCUGUUUGUGCCUUGUGCAACAUUUUUGAGAAAUAUUCGAAUACUGGAUAUAAGUGAGCGAUAAAAAUAAACUAUUAUUUAUUUCAUCAAGGCUCAGUAAAUGUUGCCUUGUUGCUUUGUAAUAUAAAAUUUAAUAAAUAAAUACAAUUUAAUGUUCUGUAUAGUACAAAUCCAAUGUUGUUAUUUGUAUAGUAGGCAUAGCAGUGUUUUUGUUGAAUUUACUGCAUGUUUGUGUUGCCCUGUAA